UGUGGACGCGAGUGGCGGAAAGCAGGCGGCGUCCCUAUAAACAAGCUCUUCCAUCUCUCGUGACUCUGGUGACGAAGCGGCACAAGAUAGCUGCCAGUUCAGAGAUUUCCGCAAAAGUUCAAGUGACAAUUUCCCAACCAACAACAACUUUCCGACGAAGUCAACGCAAAUUGAAUGCGAUUCGAUUGUCUCCCGAUCUUCAUCGAUUCAUUACGCACAGGAAAAAGAAAGUCAACUAUAAAGUUUUUAGUGAAAAAGUUUCGUUGGCCCCGUUGGCGUGGCAAUUCUACCGAAAUCAAACCGAAAUUUUCGCAAAUGAGUUUUGCUAACGACGGGCUAAACCAAUUAACAGAAUUCACUCUUGUGUAAUAAAUAAAUUGCCAACAAUUAUAACUUGCAAUCCCACUCAAGCAUAAUUAAAUGAAAUGUUCAACAAAAUGUUUACGGCAAUUGCAGCUCAAAGCGAGAGACCAUAGACGAGGUGCAACGUGUUGUGGUAGUGGCAAGAAAACUCAAAGAAAGCCGCAAGGCUCGACCAGAAAUUUAUAAUUGGUAAUAGCAGAAAAAAGUCAAGAAAGACACACGCAUCGCACAUUCCGUCCGCAUUUCAACCGAGACGCAUGUUCACGUAAUUGGAGCCCAACUGGGAGCAAGUGGGUGAGACAGGCCAGGCGAUGACAACAUGCCAUCGGCAGAUCAGAUCCUGUUUGUAAAUGUCACCACAACGGUGGCGGCGGCGGCUCUAACCGCUGCGGCCGCCGUGGGCACCACGAAAUCCGGAAGCGGCAAUGCCGUCCGGACGUACACGGAUUCCGACGCGGGCUUGGAAACGGAGACGUUGGCCAACAUAUCCGGUUCACUGGUGGAGGGCCUGACCACCGUGGCGGCGGCACUAAAUACGUCUCCGGCGGAUGCGGACUCCGUGGGAGAGUGCGACGGAGGCGCCGUGGAGGAGCUGCACGCCAGUGUCCUGGGCCUCCAACUGGCGGUGCCGGAGUGGGAGGCCAUGUUGACCGCCCUGGUGCUCUCGGUCAUCAUCGUGCUGACUAUCAUCGGGAACAUCCUGGUGAUCCUAAGUGUGUUCACCUACAAGCCGCUGCGCAUUGUCCAGAACUUCUUUAUUGUGUCGUUGGCGGUGGCUGAUCUCACAGUGGCGCUUCUGGUGCUGCCCUUCAACGUGGCCUACUCGAUCCUGGGACGCUGGGAGUUCGGCAUCCACCUGUGCAAGCUGUGGCUCACCUGCGACGUCCUCUGCUGCACCAGCUCCAUCCUGAACCUGUGCGCCAUCGCCCUGGACCGCUACUGGGCCAUCACGGACCCAAUCAACUACGCCCAGAAGCGGACGGUGGGCCGCGUCCUGCUGCUCAUCUCCGGGGUGUGGCUACUGUCACUGCUGAUCAGCAGUCCGCCGCUGAUCGGCUGGAACGACUGGCCGGACGAGUUCACCAGCGCCACGCCCUGCGAGCUGACCUCGCAGCGCGGCUAUGUCAUCUACUCCUCGCUGGGCUCCUUCUUCAUUCCCCUGGUCAUCAUGACGAUCGUCUACAUCGAGAUUUUCGUGGCCACGCGGCGCCGCUUGCGGGAGCGAGCCAAGGCCGCCAAACUGAACACGAUCGCGCUCAAGUCCGCAGAGCUGGAGCCUAUUACCAACUCCUCACCUGCCGCCGCCUCCACAUCCGGCUCCAAGUCGCGUCUCCUGACCAGCUGGCUGUGCUGCGGCAGGGAUCGUCCCCAAUUCGCUACGCCCAUGAUCCAAAACGACCAGGAAAGCAUCAGCAGCGAGACACACCAGCCGCAGCAGACGCAGGAUGGCUCCGAUCCGCAACAGCAGCAACACGUGGUCGUGCUGGUCAAAAAGUCACGUCGCGCCAAGAUUAAGGACUCGAUAAAGCACGGCAAGGCGCGGGGCGGUCGCAAGUCGCAGUCCUCGUCCACCUGCGAGCCCCACGGCGAACAGCACCUCCUGCCCGCCGGCAGGACCAGCGGAGGCCACUCCGGCGGAGGAAAGUCCGAUGCCGAAAUCAGCACGGAGAGCGGGAGCGACCCCAAGGGUUGCAUACAGGUCUGUGUGACCCAGGCUGACGAGCAGACGUCUCUCAAACUCACCCCGCCGCAAUCAUCGACGGGAGCCGCCGCCGUCUCCGCCACUCCGCUGCAGAAGAAACCGAGUGGCGUGAACCAGUUCAUUGAGGAGAAGCAGAAGAUCUCGCUGUCCAAGGAGCGACGUGCAGCCCGCACCCUGGGCAUCAUCAUGGGCGUGUUCGUCAUCUGCUGGCUGCCCUUCUUUCUCAUGUACGUCAUCCUGCCCUUCUGCCAGAGCUGCUGCCCUACGAACAAGUUCAAGAACUUCAUAACCUGGCUGGGCUACAUCAACUCCGGCCUGAACCCGGUCAUCUACACCAUUUUCAACCUGGACUACCGGCGGGCCUUUAAGAGGCUGCUGGGUCUGAAUUGAGGCAGACUGGUGGGGUGGGGCGGAAGGCCGGCGGACCUGGGCAGUGGGCGGGGGACACGGUUCGAGCGGGACAGCAUUACUCAGAGUUUGUGCCAAACUUAAAUAGUUGUUUAACCGAUCUCAGUCGAUAGCUGCACCCCAAAUAAUGAACCUUCGAUUAGGAAACAGAAUCGAUCUUCUCUAGCACAAAGUUUUAUAUGCUGUAAUAUUGAUUGUAGGUUUUUUUUAUUUAAGGGCUAAAAAAUUUUUGUAAAUCAAUACCUAAUUUCAUUUGUUUGAUAUUGCACUUUAUUAAUUCCAUAUUAAGUAAAUCAUUUUCGAUUUUAUUUAAGUGCGUCGAAAAAUAUCUUAAUAUCCUUUAGGUUUUUAUUUUGCUGUUGUUUUCGUAACAUUAUUUUCAACACAUUUAUGUUUUAAUUUCAGUUGGAGAAGUGCGCCUUUUUUAAGAAUAUAUUGUCUGGAAUCAUUACAUUUAAAUCAUCUUGCUGGGGGAAGCUAAUGCGCCAAGCAAAGAAAUUUCUGGCACACUCAAAUAAAUGUAAACUGUUCAAUACUCAUUCUAAAAAGGGGUUGUGCUGGGGUAUAAGCGAAUAAAUAUGCCUGCAGCCUUCCACGUCUAAUAAGGAAAUCAUCAAAAUUACAUAGUAACGAAAGGCAUACAUACGAUACAUCAUAUAUACGCAAGCUAAGUAACAUCCCAAACGAGAAAAGCAUCAAAUUGAAUUUAAUAUAAUUAAAUUAAAAGUUUAGGCACAAGAUUUGUGUCAACUUUCGUGUUUCACCCUAAGCGUAUGGAAAAAACCAAAAAUGUGUUAGUUAAAUAAAAUCUGCGCUCAAAAUAUGUAAAACAAGUAAGCAAAUACAAACUUCCAAGAAAUAAAAUAUGUUUUCUAGGCAUUACUUUAACGAUUUGUAUUUAAAUGUAAUUUAAUUGUAGGUAAACAAAAAACUAAACUACUACACUUAAUGCAUACUUUGAAAUACGCUUUGAACUAUUUGUUAAAUAAUUUAUUGAAUCAUUGUUUUUAUGACAGAGCAACAAUUGUGUUGAGUUGGCAGCUAAAAGCUUGCGCAUCGAAACUUACUUAAGAUAGAUAAAUGUUUAAUUGCACUUUACGGAAUGCAACAGAGUUAGCGAAAUGGAGUACUAUAAAUCGAUGUAUAAAUUAAAAAACAUGCUAUAUCGUAUAUAUCACAAUUUAUGUCUUUUAACGACGAAGUACGAUAGUUUCACUAAUUAACUUGUUUAACGAGCAAAUGCAAGAUAAGCAUAAACGAAAUAAACAAAAGACAGAUUCGAAUUAAAGUUAUGAAAGAACAUUUUCUUUUGAA